GGACGAGAAAAAAAGGCUUCAUGGAUUUUCUUUAAAUACGGCAGGAAUAAAGGAGGCAAAUAUGAGCCAAUUACUCGGAUCAAAGCUAAAGAAAGCUAUACCAAGAUACGUUGAUUACAGGAAAACCGUAUCAAAAACACCGGUAAGAACUCAGGAAAUCAAAUGUUACAUUUUCGCAGCACUAUCAACUUUUGAAAUGCAUAUAGCGCUCAAAAAUAGAAAGCCUCCGGUACGGCUGUCAGUUCAGGAUGUAAUGGAUUGUAGUUCUUUUCAAAAAUGCUACGGUAGGGGUGGAGAUCUAACACAGGUUUAUGAUUGGGUUAGUGAGAAUGGUGUAAUGACCAGUGAAAAAUAUCCGUAUAAAGAAAAUGAUAGUAAGGUGUUGGCAGUUUAUGGACCAGUUGGCAUUUCAUUACAUGCAUCAAGAUAUGGUUUUAUAAGUUAUGAUCGUGGUAUUUAUGAUGAUCCAGAUUGUCCAGACAAUACAAAUCAUGCUGUAGUGGCAGUUGGUUAUGGUGUGAAAAAUGGAAAGAAAUAUUUCAUCAUCGGAAAUGAAUUCAUUUCAGUAAUGAAAAGAUGGUAG